GGAUUGCUGUGCCUUGUGAACGGCAUCUUCGAUGCGAUCCUGUUCCUAGAGCGAGCUGUUCACGUGAAGUACCCCUUGUUUUCAAGGCAAGCACCAGCGGUCUUCAACGUAGCCUCGCUGGUUUACCUCAGCUGCCCAUUGAUGGAGUUGGCUGCGGCCUCACUGGCAGUGGCCGUUUACAUCGAGGCAUCAGAGCAGGAAAGCCGGCUGCUGAUGCAACCUUUAAACCCACCCUCUGAUCUCUAUGGAGAGGCCAGACAACCGGCGGAGCAAUUUCAAGCCUUCACAGGUCGAGGCUACCACCUCUGAGCUCCGGGUCCGGGUCCAGCCGUGUCAUCCAAAA